CUGCGAUCAUUUCCUCAUUUUGACUUGCCCUUUAAGAAGCCGCAAAAUAAUUGCAUCUUGCGUAAUGCCUUACGUGAAAUUUUUCCCUCCUUUAUAAAUUUCACUUUCAAUCCCCAUCUCGUAUAAUAUCGUCUUCGUUUACUCUGAAUUUCAUCAUAUCUUUCGCACCAUAAAAUUUAUAUAAUUUUCUUCCAUUUAUCAGAUAACGAUCAUCAUGUCUCAGACUGUUGUCCUUAAAGUUGGCAUGUCCUGCCAAGGCUGCGUUGGAGCUGUGAAGAGGGUUUUAGGGAAAAUGGAAGGUGUUGAAUCGUUUGACAUUGAUAUGGAGCAGCAAAAAGUGACCGUGAAAGGCAAUGUCCAGCCAGAGGCAGUUCUGCAGACUGUUUCAAAGACUGGGAAGGCGACCUCUUUCUGGGAAGCACCCCCUCAAGCUGUUGCUUAAUAUGCUCAUUUACUACACCGGAUAAAUGGAAUGUUUGUUGUGGAACUCGAUUUAAUAACCGCAAGAAAAACAGUGUGUGGGUUGGUGUUUGUGGGAGUAUUUGUCAAGCUUUUUAUGCAAACUCGUGAUGUAAACAUGUGUUAUUGUCUAUAAAGACUUUUCAACUACUGUCCAAAAACAUAUGACCUUCUCGCGCGCCUCUCUUCUUUAAUGCAAAUGGUUUGUGCCAA